AUGUCCUGCUUCGCCAUGCGCACCUCGUCGUCGUCCAGGGUCAGGGGCGGCAGGCAGCAGCCGUGGCGGUGGUUGCGCAGGUGCGCCGGCAUCGCCGCCGCCGCGCACGCCAGGAUCCGCCGCACCGUCGUACGCGUCCGGUGGUCUGGCCCUGGUCGGUUUAGCGGCCACCGUCACCAUCGCUCACCGGCCCCGCCCCUGCCGUCCGUACAGCGCGGCCACCACCGGAGCUUCGCGCCGGUCUACGUCGACGAGCUCUACAGCCAGCCCAAGGGCCUCAGCGUCGUGCGCGAGGAGGAGCCGCAGCACAGCACCAGCAAGCUCGCACGUGACACCGACCGUACCGGCGGCGUCGUCAACAAGUCACGCGUGCAUGGCGCCGGCGCCGCGGCCGCUACCACUACUGGUGGCAGCAGCAAGGCGCAUGCUGGGGGUAGGACCGCCGGCGUGAGGGGUUUCUUGCUGAGCCCGAGCAGAGGAGGUUGCGGGAUGGGGGAGGUGGACCUGAGGGCGGAGAUGUUCAUCAGGAAGUUCAGGGAGGAGAUGAGGCUGCAGAGCCAGAGGUCGGCCGAGGAAUUCCAGGCCAUGCUUGCAAGAGGCCUAUGACAUCCAUGAUCCAUCCAUCAGAAAAAAAUAAUUGAUCUUCUCAUGGAUGUAGUUAAUUUACCAUGAGAGGAUGCCUAGAUUAGCUACUCUGUAUUUAGUUUGGUUUGGUUUGCGGUUUGUAAAAGAGUUGAUAGGGUCCUAGAAGCAUAUUUCGUCA